AUGGUGGACCGCGAGCAACUGGUGCAGAAAGCCCGGCUGGCGGAGCAGGCAGAGCACUACGACGACACGGCUGCGGACAUGAAGAACGUGACAGAGCUGAAUGAGCCACUGUCCAAUGAAGAAAGAAACCUCUCCGUGGCCUACAAGAAUGUAGUUGGAGCACGCCGUUCUUCCUGGAGGGUCAUUAGUAGCACUGAGCAGAAGACAUCUGCAGAUGGUAAUGAGAAGAAGAUAGAGAUGGUCCAUGCUUACCGUGAAAAAAUAGAGAAGGAGUUGGAGGCCGUAUGUCAGGAUGUGCUGAGCCUGCUGGAUAACUACCUGAUCAAGAAUUGCAGUGAGACCCAGUAUGAGAGCAAAGUGUUUUACCUGAAGAUGAAAGGGGACUAUUACCGCUACCUGGCCGAAGCCGCCACUGGAGAGAAGAGGGCGACCGUCGUGGAGUCAUCUGAGAAGGUCUACAGCGAAGCCCGUGAGAUUAGCAAGGAGCACAUGCAGCCCACUCACCCCAUUAGAUUAGGCCUGGCCCUUAACUACUCCGUUUUCUGCUAUGAGAUCCAGAACGCCCCAGAGCAAGCCUGCCACUUGGCCAAGACCACUUUUGAUGGCGCCAUUGCCAAGCUCGACACUCUCAACGAAGACUCCUACAAGGACUCCACGCUCAUCGUGCAGCUCCUCCGUGACAACCUCAUGCUCUGGACAAGCGAUCAGCAAGACGACGACGGUGGAGAAGGCAACAAUUAAGGCCCCCAGGUUGACUGGCAGCACACGCUGAUGCUACUACCGCAGUCUUC